AUGGAUGCAGCGCAACGUGGCGCUCUAAUGCACAAGCUGGCUGAUUUGAUGGAGCGAGACAGGGUUUUCCUUGCUUCGUUGGAAACAUUGGAUAACGGCAAACCGUACUCUAUUGCAUACAGUGCUGAUCUUCCUUUGUCAAUCAAUUGUAUUAGAUACUAUGCCGGUUGGGCUGAUAAAUACCAUGGCAAAACCAUUCCUAUUGCUGGCGAUCACUUCACAUACACGCGACACGAACCUGUAGGAGUAUGUGGUCAAAUAAUUCCGUGGAACUUCCCUCUUCUUAUGCAAGCAUGGAAGUUCGGUCCAGCGCUAGCGAUGGGCAACACUGUUGUUAUGAAGCCCGCUGAACUGACUCCUCUCACUGCUCUUCAUGUGGCCAGCCUUGCUAAAGAGGCAGGAUUCCCCGAGGGUGUCAUCAACAUCGUCCCAGGGCAUGGUAACAAAGCUGGUGUAGCCGUUGCCAGCCAUCACGAUAUUGAUAAGGUCGCUUUCACGGGUUCAACAGAAGUCGGCCGGAUUGUUAUGCAGGAAGCUGCCUACAGUAAUAUUAAAAAGGUUACUCUCGAACUUGGUGGCAAGAGCCCCAACAUCAUCUUUGCUGAUGCCGAUCUUGAUGAAUCGGUCCAUCAAGCACAUCAUGGCCUAUUCUUCAAUCAAGGCCAAUGCUGCUGUGCAGGAUCUCGCGUCUUUGUUGAAGGAAAAAUCUACGAUGAAUUUGUUGCCCGAUCCAAAGCACUUGCCGAGAAGAAACGACUUGGUGACCCAUUCGAUUUCAAAACUGAACAGGGGCCUCAAGUCGAUGGAAGAAAACAGCUUGAGAACAAUAGAGCGAUUAUGGGGGCUGGGUAA